AUGGCUGGCAAACAUAAGGCUAUUCUUACUGGAUUACUGCUUUUCAUUUCGGUGGAUUGGACUUUUUCCUACUCAGGUAAGAUAAUCUGUUAUGUAUUGCUUCUGUUGUAUCUGCUGAAAAUCAAUAAUGCUUACUUUCAGGUGACAUGUUCACGUUAUGCAACUUCAAGGGCAGUACUAAGACAGGUCUUUCUCAAAGAGCACAACUAUCACAAAUUGAGCCUAAGAAUAUGAAAUGUCAAAGUGAAUCUUGUUGGUGGAUUAUCUUUAUUUCAGGCUGUUAAACUACCUAAAAUCAAAAAUUUUCAUCAGAACUAUAAAACUACUGAGACUAUUUUCAUUCAUAUUAAACCAAUUAAACAUAAAAAUACUAGUUAACAUAAUCAGUCUCUAAUGCCACAGAAAUUCUGAAGAUAUCCUACAUGACUUCACCAGUAUUCCAGGGAAAUUACAUUAACUUUAUGAAGAUUUAUGAUGUUCACUGCUUUUUAAAUGGAUAUCUUUGGAAGAGUCAAUGUUAAUACAACUGUUUUUGCAAACAAAGGAGAAGAAAUAACCCCCCCCGGAUGGUUCGCUGACUUUUGAAACUGUAACAGUGCCUUUAAUUAGACAUUUCAUUUGUCUUACUGGCAGAGGAUGAACUUCAAGCUAGCUACUGGAACAACCAAGGGAGGCAGGCUCUCCACAACGCUCUGAGUGUCCAGCGCAACUUGCACCAAGCCAAGAACCUCAUCUUGUUCCUGGGGGAUGGUAAGUCUGCGAGGAAAGCUUUCCCACUGUUUGGGUAGUUUCUCAGAAAUGUUGAGUAUUGGUUUCAGUUAUUUUGGCUGGCUUGUUGAGGUGUGAGGACAACAUAGGACCUCAAAAGCAUUAUGUGGUGUCCUUUACCCAUGGAGGAAAGAGAUUAUGCAUCAGUGACCCCAAAAAGCAGGGGCCUACGAGUAGUGGGAGAUGGAUGUUGACAUGUGAUCACUUGGAGUUACUACUGCUUGGAAAGCCAAGCAUGACAAACUGAACUAAGGCUAAACCACAGACUACUCUGGCUGUAACUAUUUCCUCGUGUUUCUCUAAGUGAUCUGAGCACCAAAAAAGGUGAAACUCUGUGAAGAGUUCAUAUAAGGCCAUGAUGCAUUGUUUUAGUUUUUGACACCGUCAGUUUCUACUCCUGACAAUCUCUUCCAUUAGUUUGAUGACCUUCUCUUGUUACGUCUGUUUUUUGAAGGUUAACUGAAAAAAUACCAAUAACUAGGAUCAAAGGUGAGCUAAUAGUUGUUCAGUGUCAUUUGACCAUGACUCUUGACCUCAUUAACAGAUAAACUUAUCGCUAAUUUAUUGUCCUUAUUCUGUGAUCCAUGCUUUGUAUUAAACAACUCAGCUCGAUCAACAGCAAAUCAAAAGCUACUUGAAUUCAUGGUUAUCUUUGUGUUCACUCAAACUGAUAGUGUACUGAUAGAAACAGUUUGAAAGAAUUUAUCAGUGUCUGGGAUUAAUCAAUAACAAUAAAUGACUCUGGAAAGUACUUGUUCAGUUUCCAGUUAGUCAAAUCUUACUUGCAAGGUGUCUAAUCAUAACUAAAGUUAUCUCCAAACACCAGAUGAAAGGAGGAGGUAUACCUGAUGGUGUACCCAAUAUGAAUCCAACAUGAUAACACCUUUGACAACAUUUGGUAACAGUGUCAAGGAAAAACUUUCACAGUCACAGUAAUGUUGUCGAUAUUAAUGAUGACACAGGGCCAAUACUUUUCUGAGAUGGGUUCACCUAAAAAAAAAAAAUUAAGAUUCUCACAAAUGUGUUUAAAUCGUGGGGUCGACUAGACUCCCUAAAACAUCUCUUAAAAAGUCAGGAAGUUCUUAUGAUUAAUCAAAGUACAGAGAAAAAAAGUUUAUAGUUGCUUUAAAUUAAAUCAGUUUUAGUCUGGAGUGUGGCAUAGGUGGUGGUGUUUUGCUCUAAAACAUAAAAAAGAGGGAGCAAUUUAUGAAAUACUGAUAUUAAAGAUGUACUUGUCAUGUGUUUGAUACACAUCAUUAUUAUGCGUAAUAAAUAAAAGUCAGGACAUCUCUAGUGUGAGAUGAUUUGGUGCCUUGAAAUUUACCAGAAAUACAGAAAAAAUAUAAUGAAGAGUGCAUAGAAGAAAAAGAGAAUACAUGUUUGCAUGUUUUUUUCAAACUGUCUUCCAUUUGUCUUUGCAAAUAACUUCCAUAUCAUUCAUCUGCCUUUCAACUGACCCUUAUGAGAUUUGUGGAUCACAAUAGCAGCUCUGUGUGUGCCUGCCUGACAGAUGUUGCCUAACACUCAGGUGUAUUUCCACCUGCUCACAGGUAUGGGGAUACCGACAGUGACUGCUGCACGGAUCCUCAAAGGACAGCUGGCUGGGAAAUCUGGGGAGGAGAGCAGUCUGGUUAUGGAUACCUUCCCUCAUGUGGCGCUAUCUAAGGUCAGCCCAACCUGACUGCGUUUUUAGGUUUUGCUGUAUGUUCUCUUACAAUGGAUGCACAACAAAUCAUAGUAUGUGACUGCUGAGCAUAACUAAUCAUUAUCAUGAAACAAGUACACUCUGUGUCAAACAUGACAUCAGUCAUAAAACUUCAUAAACUUCCGGGAUAAUAAUCUUAUUUUACAGUAGCUGGGAAGCUGUGUAAAAUGUUGUCAGAUUUUUUAUGGUUUGCAAAUAAUCUAAAGCCUGCAUUUAAUUGAAAACUGUGCAAGGAAAACAAAUCAAAUAUUGAAAGGGAACAUUUUGUUGCUUUAUAAAGCAAAGCGUGACUUCGAAAUGGUUCCUGCCACAUGUUAGAAAAGGUUAGGACAGAGGUGAUUGUUCAAAGGUUAAGGAAAUCUGGAGAAACUCGUCUACAAAAGGGACAUGGCCAAAAACCAAUUCUGGAUGGCCAUAAUCUCGGGGCUUGAAGGAAGCACUAAAACAGACAUGUCUCUACAGUAUGAAUCACUACAUGGGUGUCUGUGAACACAGUUUGUCACUGCAUUCACAAAUGGAGGUUAAAACUGUUUACAAACUUGAUCCAGAAAUGCCAAAUUUUCCCAUGUCUGAACCCGUUUGAGAAACUGUGGCCUCGCAAGUCAGAAUUUGACAUCCAAAGAGAAGAGAUAUUUCCUGGCUUGUUAUCUGCGCACAGUUCUAAAGCCACUAUUCCCUGUGGCGUGGACAUGGAUAGGUGCACAUGGCAUACCAGAUUUACACAUCCGGGAAGGCGCCUUUAGUGCUGAGGAAGAUAUAUAGGUUUAGGAGCAACAUAUGCCACCAUCCAGAUAAGAUUGUGUGUAUUUUUGGAGGCACAAAGACACACCACGUUCUCCACCUACAACAAAAGCAUGGCUAUGUAGUAGAGGAGGUACUAAACUGGCCUGCCAGCAGUUUGGACUACAUAUUAGAAAUAUUUAGAACAAUAUGAGAAAAUAUGACAAAGAAAACUCUAAACUGUCGAGCAGCUGAAAUCCUUUAUCAAGCAAAAAUUGAUAUUUCCCUUUGAGACUGGUUGGCAAACCACUGAAUUCUAUUUUUAAUAUUUUUUGCAGUACCCCAACAUUUUUGUAAUUGUGUUUUAACCCUUAGCAAAUGCAUAUGCUGUUGCUGAUGGGUGUUUAUUUUUGUCACCUGCAGACAUACAAUGUGGACCAGCAAAUGCCAGACAGUGCUGGUACAGCAACAGCAUACCUAUGUGGUGUGAAGGCCAACUACGGCACCCUGGGAGUCACUGCUGCCACCCCGAGGUACAACUGUGCCGCUUCCAAAGGAAACGAAGUCGAUUCAAUUCUGAAACGUGCCAAGCUGGCAGGUAUGUCUGUGAUGACUGAGGCAGCACUGAUUUGUCAAUUCACCAAUAUGUCUGUCCAGAAGGUGGAGCUUGAGCUGUUUGUGAGAGUUAGAUGAGCUGAGGUGUUGAUGAUGUUUACCCUCUUCUAUAUGGAAACUAUGAAAACAUCUGUUUAUGUCUCUGUUUGUUGUAGGAAAAUCAGUCGGGAUUGUCACCACAACUCGAGUUCAGCAUGCCUCUCCUGCUGCCUCCUACGCUCACGCAGCCAAUCGAGGCUGGUACGCCGACUCUGACCUCAGCACAGAGGCUGUCAUAAAUGGCUGUCGUGACAUUGCUUAUCAGCUGGUUUAUAACACGGAAAUAAAUGUAAGCCGUUUCACUUAUUUUUUCUCAAUCAUGGUUGACAGAAGAUCCUUAAUAAGAUACUGUCAAAUUCACAUAUCAGUGAUUGGAAACUGAAAAUGCAGAGAAAAGAGGCACAAUAAAAAAGAAAUCAGUUUUGCUACUUUCGGAUUUUUGGUGUGAACAGCAUGUAUACAGAAAUCAAAGAGUAUAAGAUACUACUUUUCUCAAUGUCUGUGGUUCUAGGUCAUUCUUGGUGGAGGCCGUCAGUACAUGUUCCCUAAAAGCGAACAAGACCCAGAGUAUGCAACGAUGAAAGGAGAAAGGAACGAUGGAAAAGAUCUUGUUUCAGAGUGGAUGCAGAACAAAACGGUAAUUACAGAUUGAAGAUAUUUGUAUUGUAUCAUUCGGGUUGUUGUGAGUAUGACUGGAUAAAUUCGUCCUUCUUUCGCAUUUAUUGUGAACAGAAUUGUAAGUACGUUUGGAACAAAGCUGACUUGGAUGCUGUUGAUCCCAGAAAAACAGACUUCUUGAUGGGUAAGACACACUGUUUAGUUUAACAGAUAAUAAACUUGUACAAAAAGACAAACUUGGCAAAGGCAAAAAUAAAGUUUAUGUCUCAUUUUCAAACUAAUCUUUCCUGCCCAUAUUAAGAUGAACUGAAACCAUACCCAUACUACAUAGGAACCAUUACCCUCUGACUCCUUAAUGGUUUGUAAACUGACAUUCCCAACACGAUCAACAACAUUUAGUGAAUAUAUAAUCUGGAGAGCUGGCCUUUGAAAAACAGAUGAAGCCACACAGGAACUAAGUUAAAAAUUGUAAAACUAUCUUCUCAUUUAAACUGACUUUUUACAAUUCAGAGGGAAAUAAACUUUGGUAUUCAUUAUGUUUUUGCUUACUACUUUCCUGUCUCUUCUGACAUUAAGGUCUCUUUGAGCCCAAAGACUGCCGUUACGAACUGGAACGAAAUGCUACUACAGAGCCAUCGCUGACUGAGAUGGUGGACAAAGCAAUUAAGAUUCUCAGCAAAAACCCAAAAGGAUUUUUCCUCUUUGUGGAAGAUAAGUGUCAUUAUUUGUUAUUGGAGUCAUUACCCAGACAGUAAAGAACCCUUAAUCUAUGAUAAAUUGUCAGACUGUCCCUUUUACACCUUGAAUAUGUUGUUUCAAUGUGAAAAAUUCAAGGUUACUUCAGCAAAAUUGUAGGUUUUGGUCUCAUUAUUUUUCUUUAAAGACAACCUAUGUGGCUGUAGAUAAAUGAGUAAGACUUAUAAAACUAGGUUUAAUUCCAUAAGUGGGAUUAAACCAUGGAUGCUUAUGAGAAAACCGCUUUUUUCUGGACUUUAAGUGGCAGAAUUGACCAUGCUCACCAUGGAGGAAAAGCCAAAAAGGCCCUCUAUGAGACAAUUGAGUUUGACCGAGCCAUUGGGCGAGCAGCUGAACUGACCAGCGAGCUGGACACCCUGACUGUGGUCACUGCAGACCACUCCCAUGUCUUUGCUUUUGGAGGAAAUUCUGCCAGAGGAAACCCAGUUUUAGGUAACUGUCACACAGACUUUUCAUGCUGGCUGAAAAGAGUUUGAUAAAAAGAGAUACGCAUUUGGUGUUUGAAUGAACCUGCAGGAACUUAGUUGUCCUGUGAUUUGCAGGCGUGUCUCGCUUGGUGGCUGAGGACAAUAAGCACUUCACUAUGGCUGUGUACGGGAAUGGACCAGGAUACCAGAUUGUCAAUGGAACCCGUCCUGACGUGAAUGAAACAAUUUCAUGUGAGUCUACAGUGAGGACUUUUGAGCAGACCUUGUGAUAAAGUAGCUCCAUCUUGUGGUGCAACAGGGAACCUGCUGGGGGGAACAGCUAAGUAUUUAAGUGUCACAUUAACUGACUGAAAAAGUAUUUUUGUGGUAUGUAAAUUACCAAAACUAAGAAAAUGUAAGAGCCAAAAAGGAGGAUAAAGAUAUAUGGAGUGGAUUAAAGCAAAUUAUAUGUUUGAAACCACAAGAAAAGAGGGGGAGAAGGGACUGCUCUUCUAUCAAAAGCAUUGCAACAAAAGGAAAUAUGCUGUAAAAUGCAUUAAGAGUGUUUUUGACUCGAUGGGAAGUGACAAGUUUGGCCAGCCAGUCUGUUUGUCCAAAAAAAAAAAAAAAAGAUUUGUGUUAUAAUUGAUUGUUUGACAUUAUUACAAAACAAGAGCUCUUUUAUGAUAACCUUAGUUACAGAGCAUAGAAAACACUGUCUAAAUUGAUCAGGUUUGGGGUUUCUUGCAGUUUAGCUUCACUGGAUUCCAUUAAUUUGCCAAAAAAAGACCUCUGCAGGUUCAGAGUACAUUUCUCUGUAUUUUGGAGAGCUCAUUUAAUGUUCCUUUGUACCACUCUUCCUCAGCGGAUAAUGAAUACCGUCAGCAGGCUGCAGUCCCUCUGGAUUCAGAGACUCACAGCAUGGAGGAUGUAGCUAUCUUUGCUAAGGGACCCAUGGCCCACCUCUUUCACGGGGUCAAGGAGCAGAACUACAUUGCCCAUGCCAUGGCUUAUGCUGCUUGCAUAGCGCCAUACGAAGACUGCAAACUGCCCCCACCCAGUCAUGCUGCAUCUAUCCACCCCAGCCUGCUGCUCCUCCUGCUGGGCCUCAUGAUGCUCUCUCUCUACUCUGUCUGA